AUGGAAGCUGAAUGACUCCAAACUCUUAAGCAAGGGAAGUGUCUUGCCGAAAGUGACCUAUUCAACCUUUGCGAGCAAGUUAAAGCUAUCCUUAUGGAAGAAAACAACGUUCAGCCAGUUUCAGCACCUGUCAUCAUAUGUGGUGAUAUUCACGGUCAAUUUUACGAUCUCCUUGAACUGUUUAGAGUAGGCGGCCAAAUUCCAGAAAAAAAUUACAUAUUUAUGGGUGAUUACGUAGACCGUGGAUAUAAUUCAGUUGAAACUUUUGAAUUCCUAAUGGCACUUAAAGUGAAUUACCCUCAAAAUAUUACACUGCUUAGAGGAAACCACGAAAGUCGACAAAUCACACAAGUUUAUGGGUUUUAUGAUGAAUGUGUAAGAAAAUAUGGAAAUGCAAAUCCUUGGAAAUAUAGCUCGUCUAUUAUAAUAGACCGUUAGCCAAUCUACUUGCCUGGAAAAAAUUGACUAGGGCACUUGCCUGAAAAUUUUCAUAAACAUCUCAAAACCAUAAAUAAAAAAUUUUUAUUUUAAAAAAUGGCAAAGAAAAUGUUAUUUUUAAAUAAAAAUUAUUGUCAUUAAUAAUCUAUUAAAGCUAAUAAGCUAUAUUGCACAGAAGUUUUUGAUUAUUUGAAUAUUUCCGCAGUUGUUGAAGACAAAAUUUUGUGCGUGCAUGGCGGAUUAUCUCCGGAAAUAAAAACAAUUGACCAAAUGAGAGUAAUUGAGAGAAAAGUGGAAAUUCCUCACGAAGGCGCAUUUUGUGAUUUGAUGUGGAGUGACCCUGAAGAUAUUGAAACAUGGUCUAUGAGUCCUAGAGGCGCUGGAUGAAUUUUUGGAUCAAAAGUGACUGAGGAGUUCAAUUAUAUUAAUGGAUUAAGCUUGAUAUGUCGGGCCCAUCAACUAGUGCAGGAAGGAUAUAAGUUUUGGUUCCCGCUUCAAAAUUUAGUUACAGUUUGGAGUGCACCUAAUUACUUUUAUAGGUGUGCUAAUCAAGCAGCAAUUUUUGAGGUUGCUGAAGAUCUUUCGACGUCGUUCAAGAUGUUCACAGAGGUUCCUGAAAGUGCAAAAAGUCUUCCUCCUAGAGCUGUAGUUCCGUAUUUCUUAUAA